ACACUUGGACAUGGGACCAUAGUCCUCAGCUUAAAUUUUGAGCUUUUUCCUGCACGACAGGAUCCGACUCUGCCGCUUCUCCCUCUCUAAUUUCUUCACUCUCUCUCUUUCUCUCUCCUUAUUUCCAAUUCAUCACACCCUCUCUUUCUCUCUCAAGUCCCAUUCAUGGAAAUGGAAGAUCAUCAGCAUCAGCACCACCAUCAUCACUUUGGCAUGAACGAUCUAAGGCAAGUGGUGAAUAACGGGCCGAGGCCGGCCCAUACCACCUUCCCCUCCAUGCCGCCGCACCCCACGGAGGAGCUUUUCCCCGGCCACCACCACCGUAAUCUCACUCCUUUACCUACUCAUCAUCCCCAACAACAACAGCACUUCGAGGUUAUGAUGUUUGGUCGAGACAUAAUGCCACCUGGCCUUCACGACUUUGCUUCCACACCCCAUGAUUCUGCUGUUGCUACCACCACCAUCACCCUACCCACUCCACCGGUUACUUGCGGCUUUGAUGCCGCUGAGGGUGCAGGUUGCAUCGGUGGAGACCCCUUCACUGGAAGAUGGCCCAGACAAGAGACUCUCACUCUCCUUGAGAUCAGAUCUCGCUUGGACCCUAAAUUCAAAGAGGCUAAUCACAAAGGACCCUUAUGGGAUGAAGUCUCUAGGAUCAUGUGUGAAGAACAUGGAUAUCAAAGGAGUGGGAAAAAAUGCAGAGAGAAGUUUGAGAAUUUGUACAAAUAUUACAAGAAGACAAAAGAAGGUAAGGCAGGAAGGCAUGAUGGGAAGCAUUACAGAUUCUUUCGUCAACUUGAAGCCUUAUAUGGAGAAAAUAGUAACACAGUUUCAGUCCCAGAAACCAAUGUUGUUGUUGGCAGCAUUCAUUUUCAAGGCCCUUCUCAAACAAAUCAAGAUAAUAAUAAGUUUCAAUCUCACAACAACAACAACAACAGGCAUUGUGAUAGCCUCAGCCUCACUAACUCCACUAAUUUUGACACAUCAACAUCUGAAGGUCAUGAUGGCAAUGAUCACAGUAUGGAGAAUGAGUCCAUGGAGAAGAGGAUAAAGAGGAAGAGUGGGAGGAGUUGGAAGGUGAAGAUAAAGGACUUCAUUGACUCACAAAUGAGGAAGCUGGUGGAGAAGCAAAAGGAGUGGUUGGAUAAGCUUGUGAAGACACUUGAAGAGAAGGAGAAGGAGAGAAUGCUAAGAGAGGAAGAAUGGAGGAAGCAAGAGGCAAACAGGUUAGAGAGGGAGCAAAAGUUCUGGGCCAAAGAGAGAGCAUGGAUUGAAGCAAGAGAUGCUGCUUUGAUGGAGGCUUUGCAUAAGUUAACUGGAAGAGAAAUAAUGAAGGUUGAAACUGAUCCUGAGGGUACUAUAAAUGUAAUGACUGCAGCUGAAGUUCAAAACCAGAAUAACGAAGAUGAGAGUGAAAUUUUGAACAGCAGUAAUGUUAUCAGAGGUGCUGAUAGCUGGCAAGAAUCUGAGAUCACAAGACUUGAACAGCUGAGAGCUGAGAUGGAGACAAGGUUUCCAUAUAGUGAAAUUUCAGAAGAGGUUUCAUGGGAUGUAGUAGCAACAAAGAUGGCUGAUUUUGGCUACGAAAGGAGUGCUUUGAUGUGCAAAGAGAAAUGGGAAAGUAUCAACAAGGAAGAGAAGAAUAGCAAGAAUCGCAAGGAAAACUUAUCUAGAAACUGCUUUUACUUCAAGAACAAUCAUGAGGAUCAACAACAAUCUUCUCUAUACGAUCAAGGAAGUGCCUAUUGUGAUGAUGAUGUCAAUGAGCAAGGGAAAGAGAUUGAGAGGCUUCAAACAAAUAAUGGUUCUUCUUCACCUUCAAAAUCCAAUAUUGUUGGAAAUGUUGUUCCUUCUGAUAGUUGCUUUCCCUUCCUGAUGGGUGCUGAUCAGGGUGGAAACUUGUGGGAGAACUAUGGCUUAAAGCUCAAUAAAGAAAAUCAAAAUCAUUGAGUGAAUUGAAGUAUGGUUAAUGACUCGUAUAAGAAGUGUUGAAGUAUAAAUAUAAGGUAAAAUCUCACAUCACAUCAAAAUAUAAAAAAAUUGAAUAUCAUAUUUGACAAUUAGUAUAUGAGACGUGCUAUAUCAUGUAAGCAAGAGCUAACUAAGGGUUUAUUAUAUAUAUUUAUGGGGCAUUUAUGAGAAAAAUAAUGGCUUCAUGAAUUUAUAUAUUUUAGUGAGGGAGGCGAAGUGACAAAGUUCACUUGCGUGUUGGAACAUGACACCAAUUUCAGGUGAGUUUCUUUUUUCUUUUUAUGCAUGCAAAUGGAAUCGACAUUGUAUUACCUAGUAUGUUGCAAAUUCAAUGAUGUUUGCAUCAGUUAAUUGAUCACUGUUUUUCUCC